AUGUCGUCCACCGCUGUUCCCAAGCGCAUGGCGCUCCGUCGCAACCAGGCCACGGACAGCUCUGUCCCCAGCUCGGUGUCGCCUUCGCCCUUUGAUAGCCCGCGCCAGUCGCCCUCGUCGACCUCGCUGUCCUCGAUGGCCUCGGACCAGCAGCAGGAGAGCAAGAUGCUCGACACGUACGGCAACGAGUUCAAGCUGCCCGACUUCACCAUCAAGCAGAUCCGCGAUGCCAUUCCCGCCCACUGCUUCCACCGCUCCGCGGUCACCAGUCUGUACUAUGUCUUCCGCGACAUGACCAUCCUGGCCUCGGUGUUUUACCUCUUCCACAACUAUGUCACCCCGGAGACGGUUCCCUUCAUGCCCGCUCGCGUGGCCCUGUGGACUCUGUACACCAUUGUGCAGGGUCUGGUCGGCACCGGCGUGUGGGUGCUGGCCCACGAGUGCGGCCACCAGGCCUUCUCGCCGUCCAAGGUGCUCAACGACACCGUCGGGUGGAUCUGCCACUCGCUUCUGCUGGUGCCGUACUUCUCGUGGAAGAUCUCUCACGGCAAGCACCACAAGGCCACCGGUAACGUGGCGCGCGACAUGGUGUUCGUGCCCAAGACUCGUUCCGAGUAUGCUUCUCGCGUCGGCCGCACCCUCCACGAGGUCGGCGAGCUGAUGGAGGACACCCCGAUCCUGACCGCGACGAACCUGCUGCUCCAGCAGUUGUUCGGCUGGCCCAUGUACCUGAUCACCAACGUCACCGGCCACAACAACCACGAGCGCCAGAUCGAGGGCCGCGGUAAGGGCAAGGCCAACGGAUGGGGCGGUGGUGUCAACCACUUCAACCCGUCCAGCCCGCUGUACGAGGCCAAGGACGCCAAGCUCAUCGCCCUGAGCGACCUGGGUCUCCUCAUCACGGGUUCGAUCCUGUACUAUAUCGGGUCGACCUAUGGCUGGCUCAACCUGGCCGUGUGGUACGGCAUCCCGUAUCUGUGGGUGAACCACUGGCUGGUGGCCAUCACCUUCCUGCAGCACACCGACCCCACGCUGCCACACUACCAGCCCGAGGUGUGGAACUUUGCCCGCGGCGCCGCUGCCACGAUCGACCGCGACUUUGGCUUCGUCGGCCGCCAUAUCUUCCACGGCAUCAUUGAGACCCACGUGCUGCACCACUAUGUCAGCAACAUCCCCUUCUAUAACGCCGACGAGGCCAGCGAGGCCAUCAAGGGCGUGAUGGGUAGCCACUACCGCACCGAGGCCCAGAGCGGCUGGACCGGUUUCUUCAAGGCCCUCUGGACCUCCGCUCGCGCCUGCCAGUUCGUCGAGCCCACCGAGGGCGCCACCGGCGAGAGCCAGGGCGUGCUCUUCUUCCGCAACCAGAACGGCAUCGGUAUCCCGCCCAGUAAGGUGCCUCAAUAG